GUUUUGCACCACUCUCUGUCUUGACUGCGCAGCUGGAGGGUCUGUUUUUGAACAGCAUCAACACGGGAGGAUGUGGUCUUGGUAUUUCUCCCUGCCAGCGUCUCUCAGCUGUGGUUGAUCCAGCUUGAUCUAGGAUACUUAUUAAUGCAAUUAAAGAGGAUGGAACAGAGCUCGUGCACCGAGGAUCGCAUCCAGCAUAGCCUCGAGCGUUGCCUUUGCCACCUGGGAAUCAACUCUCCCGACAAGCAGCUAUGGAACGCUGGACUCUGCAUCAGCCGCUGGUGUUUGGAGGAACUUGUGAAGAGGCAUCCGCACAACUUCCUCAUCCUUCUGCAGAAAAUACUGCAAAAAACAAAAGAGGUACUGAGGGACUGUCAGUAUGAACUGGUCGUGCCCCUGACCCUCCUGUUCUCUGCGGCUCUUCUCAGAACCCCUCAUUUACCUACCGACUGCAGUGUGCUGCAAGAGGCCUUCCUGUUGUUCCACCAGUUCCUGGCCUGGCCUGAACCUUGCAGCUCGGCCAGCAAAAGUUUGCUCACCAUCAUCGAGCUGGAGAUUCGAGCACCAGGGAUCUCAUUCCAACGAUUGGUAAGGACAGAGCAGGCUAUUUCCCCUGACGUUAACUGCUCUAGGACCAUAAUGGUGCUGUUGGUGAGCCCGGAGGCUGAUGUCCCCCAGGAGGUCCAGUUGGCCUCUGAGCAGCUCAGUGCCAUCCAUUACUCCAGCAGAAACAUCGUCACAUCUCUUAUCCUGCACAGCUUUCAGGCGGCGUUUGGGACCAAACAGGACAUGCAGGCGCUCCACGCUGCCCUGCAGAAAAAGGAGCUGUAUGUGCUGGAGCAGAUGUUGGAGACGAUAACUGGCAGCAUGGAGGCAGCGGCCUCUGUGGCAGAUUAUACGGCUGCUAGGAGCAGCGUACUCCACAGCUUGGAGAAGCUCAGAGAAGGUCUUGCGGUCCCCUCUGGUGAAUGCUGCUCAGAAACGGAAUCUGUAGAUAUCCUAAAACUGCCCUAUCCCAAAUGUCACACAUGCCGAUGGGAGGACGAUAACUUUGAUGCUCUGAAAGACCUUCUUUCCGUCGACUCUGACCUGGAUUCCCCGCCAGAAUGUUUCCCCAAAAUAGACGAGGACGAUACUAUUGACACCAGCGUAGAUGAGGAAGACGAGGUGGAUGAUCAGUUUCAAAGCCAUCGCAUCUCCACCGCCUCGUCUUCCUCCAGGGACUCCACCUUUUCAGGGUACUCUCUUUCCUCCAGCUGGUCGGUGCCCUCCACGUCGUCGGGAGUGGAAAGCGACUUCAGUGAGGACGCAGCACACGAGGACGCGGAGGAAGGACAAGGUAGCCAUCUUAGGGUGAGAAAAAAACCCAAGAAAAAGUCAAAAUCCCUCCUGGGUUUAGAGCGCUUCUCCAUGCUCUUCAAGACCCCCCACAGUCCAAACACUUGCCGCCGUGUCCGGAGCAUGGGCUACAAUGGGGAUAUCACCAAAGACUACCUAAUGACGGGGGCACAGCUCAAACAUUCAGGGACUGCCACGAGACACCUUCGUCCUCCGAACGUGUCGACGGCAGAUCCCUCCUCUCCCCAGAGGCACGUCUGUGUUCGCAGGAGGCCGAUUCUGAGCUGCGACGAAGGGAAUGAGGCAGAAGCACUGACCGUUGUCAAGGUGGUUGCGUUCGGGACUGACAGAGAGGCUGGGAGGCUCGCUCGGGCGUACAGUGACCUGCAGCAGAAAGAGAGAAAGUGUCCCCAACUCACGAGGACGUGCAAGCUGCAGUUUUACUUUGUCCCCACCAAGCAGAGAACAGCAAGUCCAGGAGGAGGACACACGUCCACAGAAGGGCAGGAGUCAAACGCCCAGGAAGGGGAGGAUAGCACAACAGACAUAGCACAGAUGUUGGGCCUGAUGGAUCCUUGGUACGAGCGUAAUGUCCUUAGUCUGCUCAGCUUGUCCUCUGAAGUGCUCUGUGAGGCUGCUCCCAAGGAUGACGACGUCUCCACCAACGCUAACAGCAUGGAGCAUCGUCUUCCCCUGCUGGCCGACUUGGUGCUCUAUUACUGCCGACACGCGGAUCAGCCCGUUCUGGUGCAGCUCUACCAGGCUGAGCUGACCCUGGCAGGGGGAGAGAGGAGAAAGGAAGUGUUCAUUCAUUCCUUGGAGCUCGGACACACAGCUGGGGCCAGAGCCGUCAAGGCCAUGGGGGCUGUGAGCAAAAGGUUGGGAAUUGAUGAAGAGUGGGAGGCUGUUCCUCUCACACUGAGUGUGGCCUACAACAAGGUGGCUGUCAGUGGGAGGAGUCGGUGGAUCCACAAAGAGGUGGUCUGCACGUCGAUUAACCUUCAAAAAACUUGCAGAAAUUCUGAGAACCUGGAUUCUAAAGAGGGCCUGCAGUUGACGAUGACAGAGGUUCUGAAGAAGCCCAACUCCAAAUCUAAGAAGGGUUAUAACCAGAUCUUCAUAUCAGAAUUAAAGGUGGACAAGGUUCAAGUGAUUGCUCAGGAGGAUGGGACCACGUUUGCUGUUUGUCUGGAUCAAGACAAAAAGACAUUCAUCCAGAGUGUCAAAAGGUGUGAGGUGUCCAUGUGCAGCAAGCCAGGCAGCAGUUCGGACUGGAAGUCCUACAAAACACUACCGGGCCAAAUCCAACCCCUGAACCCGUCGUUCUGCUCUCUGCUCUGCCUUCCGAUCACCUCUUUCUCUACCUAUUGUCAGUGAUCCGCCUGAUACAGCACUGUCUGGGGGGAAAUUAAAGUAUGGGGACAGGGUCCAGGAACAUUUAAUUUCAAGAAACGGGUGAUGAUUUAUCAUUUUAUGAUGUUGAUAUGUACAUAUCAGAAUUUUUGAAAGAAUACUAACCAGUUUGUAAUACCCUUUGAUGCUUUAAUUCAAGAAAACAAGACACAAUUUGUAUUUUUCACUGUCUGGGACAAUAAUUUUUAUAACAUUUUGUGCUCAAAUUGCAUCUCUUUAGAUAGCAAAGCUCACAUUUUUUCUAGAUGUAGUAAUUGUAAAUUACACAACAACUCAGAUAAAGACGACAAUGAA